AUGAAGUCCCGCAUGCGAGCCACCACACCCCUCAGAACGAGCAGCACUCAUCAUACUGUUCAUUACGUAACCAAAGGAAAUGACGAACGAAGUAAAACCCCAAGUGACAAAUGUUGGUUGUGUAAGAAUUCGACUCAUUGGCCGGAUCAGUGCCUGAAAUUUGCAGCAUUAAAUCCAGAUGAGCGUUUAAGUCCCUCCAAGGAAAAUCACGCCUGCUUUAGUUGCCUUAAAAGAGCGGGAAAAGAGCACAGAAUGUCUAACUGUAGCAGAAGAAAGCAAUGUACAGAAACUGUUCACGGUGCGCGAUGCAAAUAUUACCAUCAUCCUCUACUCCACAAGAAUACAGAUGUUAGAGCAAGCAUCUCCUCAGUCCUACAUACCCAGGAUGCACUACUCCCGAUUAUUUCGGCUGAAAUAGGAGGGCAAGGAUUAUACAAGCGUGGCAAUAUACUUCUUGACUCCGGAGCUCAGUUAACCCUGAUUCGUUCGGGGACAGCAGAAAGUCUUGGUCUUGACGGGAAGGAAGUCACAAUUACCAUCACCAAGAUAGGCGGAGAAGAAGAACAAACGAGGACGAGGGAGUUUAAGGUCCAAGUAACCUCACUGGUCAACAAGAGAAGUUUCGUUGUAAAGGCAGUUGGAAUUCCCCAAAUAAGCGAUGACAUCGCCGGAAUUUCUAAGGAGAAUGCUGCAAAGGCGUCACUUUUGACGAAAGAGAAGAUAUUUCGAGGCUCUGGUCCAGUAGACCUCCUUAUUGGAAUAGACCACGCCCGAAUGCACACAGGCGAAACGAGACAGUCAGAGCAUCUGGUGGCCAGGAAUUCACCGCUUGGAUGGGUGGUAUUUGGAACGACAGCCAGCAAAGGCCAAGAAAAAGGUAGACUAUUUUUCGUCAACUACGCCGCUCCUGUUGAUCUCUCAGAAUUUUGGUCCACCGAAUCCAUGGGGGUAUCAGCAAGAUCCAGUGAUUGCUCAAUGGACAAGCUAACUCAGCUCGAACGAGAGGAAAAGAAAAUAAUCGAAAAUUCUUGCAAGAAAGUGGGAAAUCAAUGGACGAUUCCCUAUCCGUGGAAAACAGAUCCCAAACUUCUCCCCGACAACCGGUCCCAAGCUAUGAAAAGACUAGAAGCAACAGAGCGUCGAUUAAUGAAAAAUCAAGCAAAUGCCAAGGCAUAUAACGAGGAAAUGAAAGAGAUGGAAGACAUGAAAUUCUCUAGAAAACUGACAAGAGCGGAAUUGACAAAGUACACUGGCCCUGUACAUUACAUCUCCCAUCAUGCAGUUUUGAAACCAGAGAAAAAAAGCACUCCCCUACGAAUUGUGUUCAACUCUUCCUCGGUAUAUCAAGGCCAUCGCCUAAACGACUAUUGGCUUAAAGGACCGGACCUACUGAACAACCUUUUUGGCGUCUUAAUGCGCUUUAGAGAAAAUCAAGUGGCUAUUAGUGGCGACAUCUCCAAAAUGUACCACAGAGUGCUUAUUCCGGAGCAAGACCAGCAUGUCCAUCGCUUCCUGUGGAGAGAUAUGGAAAUCGAUCGAGAGCCUGAUACCUAUGUGAAGACCGUUCUGACCUUUGGAGACAAGCCAGCGCCAGCCAUGGCACAAAUAGCCUUAAGAAAAACGGCAGAAGGAGGAACUGAAAGCCCACGUGCAGCAAAAACAUUAAAGGAAAACAGCUACAUGGACUACAUCUUGGAUUCCCUGCAGACGGUGACAGAGGCAGCACAACUGACGUCUGAAAUUGAUGAAGUGUUAACCAAAGGUGGCUUCAGAAUAAAAGAGUGGCGAUCAAAUAAAGAUUUGAAGGGCACCGGUGAACGAGAAAGGGAAGAAGUGAACGUUAUAAAGGGAUCUGGCGAAGACAAGGUCUUGGGUAUAGUAUGGAACACUGCCGAAGACUCGUUCAAGUUCAAAGUGCAAACGGAAGUCAUGAACAGCUUGAAUACAACCAAAUGGACAAAGAGAAGCAUUCUUAGUCAAAUAGCGCGAAUUUACGAUCCUGUUGGCUUUGCAGCAUCUCUUCUGGUGUGA